AGCUCAGCUGAUUAAAGUUAUGAACAGAAAUGUCCUCUUUGUCGCCUGUAACGUCAGUGUUGUGUAGAGAAGCAGUUCGUCAGUUUAACAGAUCUCAGGUGACAUAAGGUGGGACAGCUACUGCUCGCUCGCCUUCACACACGGAGAAGAUGAUCUGGAUCCUUCUGCUUGUCAGCCUGACCUCCUCUGUCUCUGAUGGUGAAGAAAAUGCCACCACCUACGACGUGUAUGAUUAUUCAUCUUAUUAUGGAGGGGAUGUGGGAGAGUUCAUUCCUUGCAACUACGACCAUGUGGGAGAUUUUGGCAGGGUUUUUCUGCCCACUCUAUAUAGUUUGGUUUUCAUUCUCGGCUUCGUAAGUAACAGCCUCGUGGUGUGUGUCCUGGUGAAGCACAGAAACCAGACUAACUUCACAGACAUCUGCCUUUUCAACCUGGCUCUCUCCGACCUCUUGUUCGUCCUCACGCUGCCUUUCUACUCUCACUACUCUGUGGUCAGUGAAUGGACUUUCGGAGACUUUAUGUGCCGCUUCAUCGCUGGCUUCCACAACAUCGGGUUCUUCAGCGGCAUCUUCUUCAUCGUUGUCAUGACGCUGGACCGCUACGUCGUCCUCAUGCACGCGCAAGCAGUACCACGAUAUCGCACUCUGAGGAAAGGCAUCGCUCUGACUGUGUUCAUCUGGAUGCUGAGCAUGAGUGUCUCUCUACCGGCUUUUGUCUUUACAAAGUUGACAGACGAGUCUGGCGUGCUGCGCUGUGCCUACCUACCUGAAAACGAUGACUGGGAGACUUAUGACCUCUUGGCAAUAAACAUACUGGGUCUUCUGAUUCCCUUGUUGGUGAUGGUAGUUUGCUACUCCAGGAUGAUCCCCACGCUAGUGAACAUGAGGAGUGGAAAGAAGCACCGCGUUGACAAGAUGAUCAUGGCCGUAGCUGUGGCCUUUUUCUUAUUCUGGGGUCCAUAUAACAUUUGCCUUUUCUUGAGGUUUCUGAAAUCUACAGGUAAAUUACUGCUUGAUUGCAAACAGGAAGGGCAGUUAAUGGUGUCAGUAACAGUGACCGAGGCCUUUGCCUACACUCACUGCUGCCUGUACCCCAUCAUAUACGCUUUUGUACGACAAACGUUUAGGAAAGAAGUCGUGCAGCUGCUGAGCAAAUGUGUGCCUGGGAUUCACUUUGCCAGAGAUUUAUCAGAUAGCUCAUUCAGGAAAAGCUCAGUCGUGUCCAGGUCCUAUGAGAUCACCUCCACUUUCAUCGAGUAGGAGGUGGAAGUCAGAUGUAAUGUGCUUUACAGACAUCACCUGCAGAGUAUAACCAGUGUUAGUGUGUGAAGAAUUAACCCAAACUGAGAAGCAUGUCUACCUUAUAUUUCAUGUAUAACUGAAGUGUGUGUUCAUUUUGUAAUUUUUGAGCUCAUAUUAUUAUUAUUUGCAAUAACAUAUGGUUUACCGA